AUGUUGCCGACUGAUGAAAAGAAAAAUCAACCUCUGGUGAAGGCCUAUCAACCAUCAUUUCCAUUUCUGAGGAGAGCCAUUCCUAUAUAUGAAAAAUUCAUGAAGGAUUUGCUCACAAAUAGAAACAAGAUGGAGGAGGCUUCUAAUGUACUUCUAAAUGAAAAUUGCUCAACCACCAUGCUCAACAAGUUUCCAAAGGAGAUAUGGGAUCAGGGGAGUUUGACAAACCCAUGCCAAUUCGGGAAUUUAGCUACAAGUCGUGCCUUUUUCGAUUCGAGAGAUAGUGUGAAUAUAUUAUCGGGUUCCUUCUUCAAUAAAUUGAAUCUUUUAGAGCCAAGGCCAAUUUGCAUGGCUAUUCACCUAGCCAACAAGACAGUGAGUUUUCCAGGUUUUUUCGUGUUAUACACGGAGGAAGACAACCAAGUUCCAAUCAUUCUUGGAAGGCCUUUCCUUAGUGCCACACACGCCUUGAUGUAUAUUAGAGAGUCGAAGAUUACUCUUGUUGGAGAAGACACCAUUACAUUUGGAGUUGGUAGAGUAAUGAAACAUUCAAAGAUAAGUGAUGAUUUGGUUUUCUUGAAGGACAUGUUCAAUACAUUGUUGGAGAAAGAAUUGUGA